CCACCCCUGACGAAAGAGAGGCCGGAACAGCAAAAACCUGAGCGCAGUCAACCAGGAUGGCCGACGUGGCAAGUCAAGCGAAGCCGGUAUCGAUCACGCCCUUGGCCAAGUACAAGCUGGUGUUCCUUGGAGAUCAAGGUGUCGGGAAGACCUCGAUGAUCACGAGGUUCAUGUACGACACGUUUGACAACGCGUACCAGGCGACAAUUGGGAUAGAUUUUCUCUCCAAGACCAUGUACUUGGAAAAUCGCACGGUUCGGCUGCAAUUGUGGGACACUGCCGGCCAAGAGCGUUUCCGAAGCUUGAUCCCAAGUUACAUUCGUGAUUCGUCGGUGGCUGUCGUCGUCUACGACAUUUCGAACCGCGCGUCAUUUCUCAACACGUCGAAAUGGAUCGAAGACGUGCGGGCCGAACGCGGACAAGACGUUGUGAUCAUGCUUGUGGGUAACAAAACAGACAUUGCCGACCGGCGCCAGGUGUCCAUAGACGAAGGCGCUGACAAGGCGAAGGAGGACAAUGUGAUGUUCAUCGAGACGAGUGCAAAGGCAGGGCACAACAUCAAGACGCUCUUUCGGAAGCUUGCGACUGUCCUACCCGGCUUAGAAGAUGCUGCCGCUCCCGGCGAGUCCAAUCUGGUUGACAUCAAACUCGUGGCUGCACCCACUCCAAAGGACACGGUGGCCGCAGAAUCGUGCGGCUGUUAAACAUCAAAAUCGUCAUAACAUAAUUCACACGCUUUUUACUAGA